GACAAUGAGACCCCCAAGAGGGCUGAGCAAAGCCCAUAAAACCCACUCCAGGAAAGCCUCUGGGAAGCAUUCGGCAACUGUUCGUCAUGGCGGCACCCUUCAGUGACAAAGCAUUUUACGCUCAGCAUUUUGACCCCAAAGGUUAUUUGGAAACGUAUUACUCUUUCAGCUCCGAGAAAGAAGCAGAAAAGGCCUUAAUAACCUUUACUCUGAACGCUCUUCACAAGACUUUCACUGUGGGUGGCAUUAAAGGAGACACCCUGAUUGAUAUUGGAAGUGGACCCACCAUCUACCAGUACCUCUCUGCCUGCGAGUCCUUCCAAGAGAUCAUUGCCACAGAUUAUACAGAUGGGAACCGGGAGGAGAUGCAGCGGUGGCUGAGGAAGGAGCCGGCAGCUUUCGACUGGCGCUCUAUUGUGAAAUAUGUCUGUGAGCUGGAAGGGGACAGGGAAAAGUGGGCACAGAAGGAGGAGAAGGUCCGACGCAGCAUCAAGCGACUCCUGAAGUGUGACGUGACCCAGCCCAACCCCUUGGCCCCGCUGUCUCUCCCUCCAGCUGACUGUCUGCUCUCCACCUAUUGCUUGGAAGUGGCUUCCAAAGACCUGCCUGCCUUCCGCUCGGCCUUGAAGAAUAUCGGUUCUCUUCUAAAGCCCGGAGGGCACCUGAUCUUAGCUACUACACUAGAAUUCAACUUUUUCAUGAUAGGCCAGUGCCGGUUCGGUUGCCUCUAUUUGGAGCAAGAAGAUUUAGAGAAAGCCCUGAAAGAGGCUGGUUUUGAUAUUGAGUGGCUGGAGGCGACCAGGAUCAGUCUUCCAUUGUCUUCAAUAGACGUGAAGGGGCUAUGCAUAGUCGUAGCCCUGAAACGCUGAAGCAAACCGAUUGGGAGUUUGCAAUGUGGGUAAAGGCAGGGAAAAUUAUGAUUUUAAAUUGUUAUUAUUGUUAGACAAUACUUGCCUCUAUGUGUAGUAUGCUAUUCCUGUAGCAGAACUGCUGGCUCUUCCUUUUGGAUGAGAUUGAUGACUGGAGGCUUGAUUAACAAUAAAAAUAUCAAAAAUAUAAAAUUAUCGUAUAUUUAAAAGCCUUAGGUGCUUACCAGUGCAGAAAAGAAAAUCCUCAGGAGGCAGCCAGCCAGAGGAAAAGUUUCUUCCUACCCAGGUUUGCAGAGAACAGUCAAAUAUUUUAAAAACAAACAUCUGUAGGGUAAUAUAAAAAGGGAAGGACCAGUGAAGUGAUAUCUAUGUAUGUGCAUAACAUCCCAGAAAAAAUGUUUAGGUGGCAUAUUGGAUUGCAACUCAAGCAGGUAUUGGCAAAGGUCAUUCCUGCUUUCCCACCUAUCCUCUUUUGCUGUGUGCUGGGCAGUUUUGGAAAGGUGAACAGGUGCAAAGAGGGAGAGGGCGGCUGCAGAGAUGCUGCAGGUGGGCUGGGAAGGAAUAGCAGAGGGAGGGCAAACCAGACAGGCCGGAGAAAAGGAACCCCUCCCCCAACAAGCAGGAAAGAGGGUGGAGAGAAGGAGAAAGGACAGGGUGAGAAGAAGCUGAGACAGAAGAAGGGGGGAAGAGGGGAUCAUGGAGGCAAGGAGAGCAUUUCCGCAGGCUCCUUUGUGGAUCUGCAAGCAGGGCUCUUGGAGUUGUGCCAACAGAGCAGCAGAGCCCCAGAGCCAAACUACAAGUGACGUCUUACACAGGUUGGACACUAGUCGGCGUCCCUCAAGUUUUGAUGGGAAAUGUAGGCGCCCUGGUUUUACAGCUUGGCUCUCCAUUACAGCUGCAAGA